UGGGGCGCGGCUGGGGCUGCAGAACUCCCGCAGUGGGGUUCCUUCUAGCGGCUGAGUCUGCGUCCUCCGCGAGAUCCCAAGAUAUUCUUAUCGCACGGAAACGACUACUGGCCUGGCCAGAGGACUCGAGGCGUGAGCGAGGUGCUGGCCCCAACGGGACAACAGGACGGCGAGAAAUUGUUUUACAGCCUACCCAUAUAUUACAAGAAAUCUCACAUCAAACACUGGAAGAGAUGUCAGAAGAUUCAGAAAAAGACUAUUCAGACGAAACAAUCAGUGAUGAAGAUGAAUCGGAUGAGGAUAUGUUCAUGAAAUUUGUAAAUGAAGAUCUUCAUCAAUGUGCACUUUUAACAGCUGACUCUUUCGGUGAUCCCUUCUUCCCCCGGACUACACAGAUACUAUUAGAAUAUCAGCUAGGGAGAUGGGUGCCACGUCUUCGUGAACCACGGGAUUUAUAUGGUGUCUCUUCUUCCGGUCCACUGAGCCCAACACGGUGGCCAUACCAUUGUGAAGUCAUCGAUGAAAAAGUCCAGCAUAUUGAUUGGACUCCUUCUCGUCCUGAGCCAGUAUAUACCCCAACAGGCUUAGAAAUGGAACCCCUUUAUCCAGAAUCGAAGGAAGCUACUGUGGUUUAUCUAGCUGAAGAUGCUUACAAAGAGCCCUGUUUUGUGUAUUCCCGAGUUGGCGGUAACCGAACACCUUUGAAGCAACCUAUGGAUUACUGUGACAAUACUUUGAUGUUUGAAGCAAGGUUUGAGAGUGGUAAUCUACAGAAGGUAGUCAAAGUGGCAGAGUAUGAAUACCAAUUGACUGUACGCCCUGACCUCUUCACAAAUAAACACACUCAGUGGUACUAUUUCCAAGUCACUAAUAUGCAAGCAGGAAUCAUCUACAGAUUCACUAUUGUCAACUUCACCAAACCUGCAAGUCUUUACAAUCGGGGUAUGCGCCCACUGUUCUAUUCUGAAAAAGAGGCCAAGGCUCAUCAUAUUGGCUGGCAGAGAAUAGGAGACCAAAUCAAGUAUUAUAGGAACAACCCAGGGCAAGAUGGGCGCCAUUAUUUCUCUCUUACAUGGACAUUUCAAUUUCCACACAACAAAGAUACCUGCUACUUUGCUCAUUGUUAUCCAUACACUUACACCAACCUGCAAGAAUACCUUUCUGGCAUCAAUAAUGAUCCAGUACGGUCAAAGUUCUGUAAAAUACGUGUCUUGUGCCACACGCUUGCUAGGAACAUGGUGUAUAUUUUAACAAUCACUACCCCCUUGAAGAACUCUGACUCAAGAAAGCGGAAGGCUGUGAUUCUGACUGCAAGGGUCCAUCCAGGGGAAACCAACAGCUCUUGGAUCAUGAAAGGCUUCCUAGAUUAUAUUUUAGGAAACUCAAGUGAUGCACAGUUGCUUCGGGAUACUUUUGUCUUCAAGGUGGUACCCAUGCUGAAUCCAGAUGGUGUGAUUGUGGGAAAUUAUCGGUGUUCCUUAGCUGGACGGGAUUUAAACCGUAAUUACACAUCUCUCCUGAAGGAAUCUUUUCCUUCUGUAUGGUAUACCCGGAACAUGGUUCGUAGACUGAUGGAGAAACGAGAGGUUAUUUUAUAUUGUGAUCUUCAUGGCCAUAGUAGGAAAGAGAACAUCUUCAUGUAUGGCUGUGAUGGUAGUGACAGAUCUAAAACAUUAUACUUACAGCAACGAAUCUUCCCACUUAUGCUGAGCAAAAAUUGUCCAGAUAAAUUUUCAUUCUCAGCUUGCAAGUUUAAUGUCCAGAAGAGCAAAGAAGGAACAGGAAGGGUGGUAAUGUGGAAAAUGGGAAUCAGGAACAGCUUUACCAUGGAGGCCACCUUUUGUGGAUCUACUCUGGGUAAUAAGCGAGGCACUCAUUUCAGUACAAAGGACCUGGAAUCAAUGGGAUAUCAUUUUUGUGAUUCUCUCUUAGACUACUGUGAUCCCGACCGGACCAAGUAUUAUCGGUGCCUGAAAGAAUUAGAAGAAAUGGAAAGACAUAUAACCCUGGAAAAAGUCUUUGAGGAUUCAGACACUCCUGUGAUAGAAAUUACAUUGGAUGUAGAGUCUAGUAGCCGAGGCUCUGACAGUUCAGAAUCCAUUGACUCUCAGACUUACCUUCUCAAGUUAACUUCUCAGAAAAAACAUUUGAAAACAAAUAAGGAAAGGAAUUCUACUAUAGCAAGCCAGCAAAAUGCCAGAGAAGGACAAAAGGUUUAUGAUAGAGGACAUUUACUGCAAAGACACAAAGAAUCAAAUUCUGACGUGAAAGAUGCAAGGCCAAAUGAAGCAGAUAAUUAUAUGGUUGAUUAUUUCAGAAGCCAGUUACCUGAUCAAGGUUUGGAUCUGCACCACAACUUAAAAAGCAAAAUAAAAGAAUGCAUAUCUUUCCAAGGCAAGAAGACUGGCAUAAAUUGGACAGAUGAUGAAAAAAGAAUCUACAAUGAUAAAGGAAAAGCUCAAACUCAAGAAAUAUUGCAAUAUUUGCUCCCCAUCAUGCAUAGCACUAAAAACAUGCAAACUACUCAGAUAAAUCAGCUAUUCAAUCCAAGAACCAACUUCCAAAUCCAACAUCAACUAAAUCCGGCAACUUGCAAAAAUAUAAAGAAAUAUAGCACAUCUUGGAUAGCACCCAGAAAUCAACCUUUUAUAAUCCAAGGGGAUGUUAUGGCAAACUCUUCAGAAUGGGUCCAGUCUAAGCCCCACAGGCCAUUUGAAAGUUUAUCACCUCUCAAAGUGCCCAAGAAGAAUAAACAUUCUCAAAUCUGGGCCAUAAAGAAUGAAGACAUAAAACCUCUCAGCAGCAAAUGGGAGACUGCUUCUUCAAGCUUUGAAAUAAAUGCAAAUGUUCUAAAAUAUAAGAGUCUUCAAGCUGAAGAAACUAACCAGCAAAACUCUAAGCAUACAACCCUCCAUCUAACUAGAAGUAAGGAUGAGCAAGCCAAUAAGAAUGAUGGACAACCACCUUAUAUCUGAGGUUCCAAAGGGAGAGUUAAUCUAGCUUUAUGCUGCUCUGAGAACUGUGAAUGAAAGAUAACAUAUGCUUAAGUAGUAAAAAGAAAAAAGGAAAGCCCUCCCCUUCCCCUUUCCCUGUCCCUUCCCUACACAUGCAUAUGCAUAAACCACAAAUUUUAGAUAUCCUAUUUUCUGUAGUGGAGACAUCUUUCAGAGACUUAAAAAGAAAUCCAGGGAAAAUAUGGAAAAAAUUUUAAACAUAUAUUUAUAUUUAUUUUUUAACAACAUGGAAAAAUAUCUCUGAAGUUUUGAUUUCUUCCAAAACUACUUAUGCAUUCAACACCAAAAUUUGACACCUAAGGACUCAGGGCAGGGAUGAUAUGUAAUAUGUCAUUGAUUUUAACCUCCCUACUAGACACUUUAAUGAAUCAGUCAACAAACAUCAUUUCCUGAUUUUCUGUCAUAUCAUUGAUGUGCUAGGAACCAUUUAUCUCCCCUAGGAGAUUAUCAAAUAAUUGUACCGAUAAAACAUACAUGAAUAAAAUGAUUACAGAAUAAGA